UGAAGGUUUCCUGGACUCACUUGAUGUUGCAAAGGCCUGUCAUGGAGACCAACCAGGUCAGACAUCCUGCACAUUCAGACAGUUUGCAGUACAGCAAGAAGUCUGGAGUCUUCCUGCUGUUCUCAGGAGUUUCCCUCGGCCUUGUGGGUGCCACUUUAACCACCAUGGGCUGGUAUCACUACCCAGAAAACUCCAACUUUGGGUGGACCCAAUUUCUAGGACCCAUCCUGAUCUCCAUCGGAGGCACCGUCAUGCUAAUCAGCUUCUACAGGUUUAGGGUGGUCUCCUGCGGGCCCUGCCGACAGCUGGGUGAAGGAGCGCCUGACAUGGAUCAAACAUCAAUAGGACCUUCGAUCAUUUUAAGUGGCAUAAAUCCACCGAUCAUAUUACACAAUGCCACAGCAAUGUUUCAUCUUCCACCUCCGUAUGACUUUAUAAACCGGGAAGUACACCAGGCCGCUGGGUUCCAGUCUGGCCGGUGUGUGAGUGGCGCAGAAGAAGAAGAAACAGAGCACAGGAGAAGCAGGAUUGAGAAGACAGAGGAGGAAAGUCCACCUCGAUAUGAAGACAUCUACCCUUCCUUUUUUAAAACAACCUGACUUCUGCUAACCUGU